AUGCGUGAGGUGGCCAAAGAAUGGUUCUUGAGCCUUGCGGGCAAGGAAGCCCAGGUGCCGCUGAACCAGCAUCAGUUGGAGUCUCUUGGUGGCACCAUGUGGCACCUUUUCGCAGCCAACGACCACACCUGGUGCGCCUUUAAGCUCUAUGACCAUGAUGGCACGGGCAGCAUCAGCCAGCCCAACCUGCGCAAGGCCAUGGCGGGUGAGCUCAA